AUGUCGAUCACUGAUGAAACAAGUAUGCAAAACAUGUUUCAAAUUCACCGGCAGACUCAGAUGCGACACCCACAGAUUGAGGUGUACGUUGAGUAUGAAACUGUAGAGGCAGUGGCGGUUCAGAAUGAUAUAGAUAUACAUGAUGAUAGAGGUGCAGUGUACGAAGGAAUGAAUAGUGACAGCGAAGAGGACUUCGAAGCCACUUAUGAGGCCGGCGACGAAGAUGAGGAUGGUGAUGUGGUAGUUGAGAUAGCAGCAGAGAAUGUAGUGGUUCGUCCGCCGAGCAGUCAACCGAUGAACGUUCCACCUUUUAUGCGUGAGUUGGAUCUCGAGGCCGUGCAUGCCCCCGAGUUUCCGGAAUAUACAAACAUAGGCGUUGCCGAUGCUGAGGAUGGGGAGUUCCGGAUUGGAAUGGAAUAUAGUUCUAGAAAGUCGGUCGUCGCAGCGAUUAGAAGUUUCACUAUUGCUAGAGGAGUUGACUAUGAGGUGUAUGAGUCUGAGCCACAGACGUUCUAUGCAAAAUGCAAGAUGUACGGGCGUGGAUGUGACUGGCUUAUCCGAGCUAGCUUGAUACGGAAAAAAGGUUGUUGGGAGAUACGAAGAUACAACGGUAGGCACACGUGCACGAUCAGAACGAUUUCACAAGAUCAUUCCAAGUUGGACUCAGAUACAGUUGCCGAUGCUAUAAGGCCAUUGGUCGAGACGGACCCGUCCAUCAAGGUGAAAUCUAUAAUUGCGGAAGUCCAGUCAAGGUUCAACUAUACCAUCAGUUACCGAAAGGCUUGGUUGGCAAAGCAGAAGUCCAUAGCCAACGUUUUCGGUGGUUGGGAGGAUUCUUACGAAGCCUUGCCAUGGUGGCUCUCGGUCAUGGUGCAGAAGAUGCCUAGUACAGUUGUCCAAAUAGAAACACGACCACUGGCAUUUAGGCAUUGCAAGCCCCUGGUUCAGGUUGACGGCAUACACCUAUACGGAAAAUACAAAGGUACACUUCUAGUCGCUGUUGCACAAGAUGGAAACCAGAACAUUAUGCCUAUCGCCUUUGCCUUGGUGGAAGGGGAGACAGCUGAUGCGUGGCACUUCUUUCUCAGGAAUCUGCGAAUGUAUGUUGUUAGAAAAGAUGGCGUGGGUAUGAUCUCAGACCGACAUGAGUUAAUACGGGCAGCAGUAUUUCGUUCCGGUGGCAACUGGCAACCUCCAAGAGUAUGGUGGAUGUUUUGUAUAAGACACAUCGGCAGUAACUUCUUAAGGGUAUUCAAAAUCCCUCACUUGCAAAAGCUUGUUGUCUAUAUCAUGCCUGAAUGUCUCUACGGUCUUCGAUUACCACGCUGUGGUCCGUUCUGA